AUGGAAAGCACGUGGGAUGGUUUCAAAAAUCCUGGCUUGUCUUUCGAUACUCCACGGUUUGUUGAACUUGGUAUCGAGCCUUUGGUUAUUCCUUGGAGUGAAGGUGAAGAACCCUGCAUAGUCGGGAGUGGCAUAUCUGCCUUGACACCAUGGGAUUUCUCUGGCCCUUUGUUGUUUAAACGUCGGACUUUUUCUAAGCCAAACCAAGGCCCCCUAGUGUCGUUGGCACUGCAGAUAUUGCGAUCUUAUCCCUUUAUGAUACUCCGAAAAGCCGCGCUGCCGCCGUUUAUUAACCCUAUGCAAGUCUCGUGGGCUGAGACUAGAAUUGGCCCGCGACAACAGUCCUUACUUACGUGUAUGAGCCUGGUGUCGCUGUUCAAAUCUCGAACUGAUUCCAGCAGGAAUCUUGUAUGGAGGCUUAUCAAGCUUGAGCAAGAAAAAAUACUUUCCAAGCAUGCGGAGUUCGAUAAAUGGGAGCUCCUGGCUGCUUUCCAAGCCCUGCUCGUAUACUGUCUGCUGCGCAUCCAGGAUGUGCCGGUGAACAAUGACGGCUUCGAAGCCGCCCUUCUCACUACCGUGAAUCUUGUAUUCAUUGCUCUAAUGUCGUCGACCGGGGGAGUCCGUAAGUCAGAGCUUCCCGAUGACCCCGGCGUAACCUGGAUGGACUGGAUCUUCAACGAAUCAAGGAGACGGACGGUAAUUAUCUUUCAAAUCCUCAAUAUUUUAAUUGAGAUGUCAACUGAGGUUUCUUCUUUUCCUGGUUGCGGCUUCGUUCUUAUACCCCUCGCAAACAGUGCGACUCUAUGGAAUGCAAAUUGUAUUGAGGAAUGGCAAAAAGAAUUCGAAAUCUGCAGUAAGGAGCGGAAAGUGCAUGGCCUCUUGCGAACGGGAGUGUUGAUGAAGAUUCUGUUACCCAAUAACUGCUUUGUACUCGAGUCGGUGGAGUGGGAAGACUGGAGGGGAGAGGUUGGUGAGAUAGGAACACUCGUGAUGAUUGUGGGGGCGUUGUUGACUCCAACAAGAAAUUGA